CAGCACAUAUUUUUCUUUUACGUAAUUUAUUUUACUUAUAUAAUACAUUUAAUAAAUAAAUAAAUAAAGAUAAAACUGCUUUGAAAUGACAGCUUCUUCUUCAUCUGCUCAUGCUAUUUUAAAAGAAAACCGACUAAUUCACCGUCGAGUCGUACUACUAUCCCACUUAUCAAGCAAAGAUAGUAAAUAGAUAAUAUGCCAAAUUAUCUUUCAGGAGGUGUUUUACCCCUUAAAAGUGAGAUUGGGUACGUAUAAAGAAAUACGUGUCUCUUAUAUUUUUAUACAUAAUAAAAUAUUUCAAGAAGAAUAAAAUCGGCUUCGGACAGUUGUGACCGUUGUUAGUUAGCGGUAUUUCCCUUGUUAAUAGCAGUUAUUUUCGAUCGCAGCAACCAAUUCUCCCCAACUCCAUCGCGCAUAUAUAUAUACACACUUUACCACACCGAAGUCUUCUCUCACCAAUCCCAUCUCUCAACUACUCAAGUUAUCAAACAUUUAAAACCAUAUAUAUAUAUUUAUAUUUAUAUUUAUAUGAAUUUCUUUAUAAAUGUAAAACAUGUAUAAAGAGAUGUGUAUAUUAUAUAUUAUAUACUAUAUUAUACUAUAGUGUAUAUCAUACUAGCGAUAACUCCGCAGCUGAUACGGCGCCCAAAUCAACUUGCCUUCUCAAAAAAGAAUAAAUGUAUCUCGUGUCCGCACAUUGGAAUAAAGCACGCGAAACAUCGACUUGCGAAAUAAGGGUAAUUGCGUAUAUAUUAUUUUGCGCGGACUUCGCUCAAGACAUUAUUUUACAAGUAUUUUUCUGUGGGAAAUAAACACUUGUUGAAUUCUCUUCUCUCUACCAAUUCAAUCGAUCGCCCGUUUCUUCCCGCGCGACGGCAUUAAAUUGAGAGUAUUUCGAUCUCACGGUGGUAUUUUGCAACUUUUUACGAUACGUUUAUACUAAAUUGCGCACUUUAAUAUACUGUACUUUACAUGAUUACUCCAUAUUUAUAUUUAAAAAGCGAAAUUCUAAAAUAAUUUUCCAGUAAUUCCAGUAAUGUAAACGGCAAAAUUCUAAACUAACUUUUCCAGUAAGUUUUCCAAGAAAGAGGAACACGUGAAGGGUCCACUGACUUUUCCGUAGUUAAAUGCAUUGCGGAUCUCGUAGAAGAAUGACGAUCUGCCUUAAAACCCAACACUUUAAUCUCAACAGAAUUCUACUUCUUCUAGUUGGCUUAUGGCCUUACGAGCAAUCAAAACUUGUUCACUUACAGUUAAUUCUGUUUUUUGGUAUUCUAAGUAGCUCUGUGAUAUUUCAGCUUACAGUAUUCCUGACUGCACAAUUCACUAUUGAUCUUGUUGUUCAAGUUCUUUCAGUUGUAUCGCUCAAUGUUACAUUUAUGAUUACAUACAACGCAUUCUGGGCAAACACUCAUACUGUAAGACUUUUAGGUGAACAACUUCAACAUAUGUGUAACGAGUUAAGAGACGGGAACGAGAUCGCUAUCAUACAAAAAUAUGGCAACGACGCAAAACGUAUUACAAUCAUAUUUAUAUUUCUUCUCGUAUGCUACGUGAUCAGUUUUAAUAUGCUGUCGUUUAUGCCGUACUUUCUUAGUGCUAUUUUGCAUAUAAACGAGUCUAAUCACCCGAUGCAACUGUUCCUGACAGAGUAUUUUGUCGAUGAAGAAAAAUAUUUCUAUCUAAUUUUGCUGCACACUAACGUAGCUUUUAGUAUAGGAGGAACUGCAUUUGCAGCAACAGGACUGAUGCUCUUAUCAUACGUGGAGCAUAGCUGCGGAAUGUUUCAAAUCGCCAGUUACCGUCUCGAGAAGGCAUUGGGAAACGUGCUGGAAAAUAUUAGCGCGGAGAAAGAGAUGAUGCAGUAUAGACAGAUAGUUUAUGCUAUAACUAUUCAUCGCGAUGCAAUGGAGUUCUCCACAUUGUUUAUUUCCAAUUUUGGAAAUUCGUUCUUCGGUGUAGCUGUCGUUGGUGUACUUUGCAUGAGUCUCAAUUUUUUUGGAAUCUCUCGAACGUUAUUGCAUAAAGAACAUUUCAUGCAACUUGCUAAACAUUUUAUAAUCGCAUUUAGUAUUGUGAUGUAUAUAUUCUUAUCCAAUUAUUUUGGGCAACAAGUUACAGAUCACGAUAACCACGUAUAUCUCACGGCAUACAACGUUUACUGGUACAAAGCACCCAUACGUAUACAAAAACUGAUACUGUUUUUGAUAGAAAGGAGUACGAAAAGUUUCAAUCUAAGAGUUGUUGGAGUAUUAGUAGCAUCUAUAGAGCGCUUUGCCUCGGUAAAAAUCAACAUGUGUUGCGUAUUAAUUAACCAUUAUCAAUGUACACCAGAUGAUAUGCCCGACACGUUGCAUUGACGAUACAAUAGCAGACAUAUCUGGUUUCAGCUAAUGAAAACAUCAAUAUCCUACUUCACUGUCAUCCAUUCCUUGCAAUGAAGUAGAAAUCUAUCGUCUGAUAUUGCAAUAGAGUUUACAAUAGGAUAGGUAAAGUGCAUUUUCGAUAUCGAUCAUCUUCAAUUGUUGAUUGAGAAGUUUCAGAGAAUAUUUUUAUUUCUUUCCGAUUGUGAAUCAUGACAUCGCUUAUAAAUUAAGUACAUAGAGAAAGAGAGAGAAUUAUUAGCUCAUUUACACAUUGCCGAUUACACCAACGAAACAUGAAAUAUGAGCUAUUUUUUACGUCCAAGUAUUACGUUUAAAUACUUUUUUCGCAUUUUAAGGGAAUUAAUUUAAUUAAAACUUUAAGAAGAUCAACUGACGAUAUUCUUGUUUCUAGGAAGCAAAUUCUCCUGUUUUAUUAAAUAUCACAUGGAUUUUCAAGGAUUACUAAAGAAAGCAUGUUAACAGCCAUGCCAACGCCGACAUAUUCUCGAUAUUAUCGCAUCAAAAAUAGUGCAGUGAUAUUGAAUAUGGUCCAGUCAUGUAAAUUGGAUAUGCAAUAAAGCAUGUUGUAGCU